GUAUUUGAUAAGGGAAAACAAGAGACGUAACCCUAAAAUUGCGGGGGCAGUUGUCCGCAAAUUACGAUAAUCUUAAAAGAUCAACCGGAUCCAAUGAACGACAGUGCUGCUGUUGGAGGACAAGCCUAUAGCAUAGACAAGUUGCUGAGAGUCAUUUGCUGAUCACAGAUGUUCCACGAAUGAGGCUUAACGCUGUGUCACUCAUUGCUUGGAGCGUGCAGUGCUUGUACAAAUCCCUCUCAUAUGUGUAGAGGCGUGCGAGCUUUCUCUAGUUGCCUACUGCACGUUCAUUUCAGUCAUAUUGCUUACAAUAUCACGGCCACAGGGCUGUGCCAUGCCAAAUGCACUAUUUUGAAUAAUAUUCAAUGUAUCUAAACGAGCAUUCAGGAAGAUCACGGAGCAAAAGGGAACUAUGACCAGGUUGUGCUAGGAGGACGAAGAGGAAGGAAGACAGCAGUGCUUUUCUGAUGAACGUGGAUUGAUAAAUGUUAUUUCUUUUACCGUUGACGAUCAUGCUUUAUUUUCAGCUGGUGAUAAUGGCUGGGACUGUCAUGCUGGCUUAUUACUUCGAGUACACCGACACUUUCAACGUGCACGUACAAGGAUUUUUCUGCUAUGACAAUUCCUAUACGAAGCCCUACCUUGGACCUGAGGAGUCGAGCGCUAUUCCUCCAGCCCUCCUUUAUGCGGUGGUCGCCGGAGUCCCCACACUUGUGAUAACCGUUACAGAGUCCGUCCUGUUUUUGCUGCAAUAUACUUCUAAAGAUCUAGAUAACCGUGAGAAGACCAUCGUCACAGGAGACUGUUGUUACCUCAACCCUCUUGUGCGUAGGACUUUCCGCUUCCUGGGUGUGUACACGUUCGGCCUGUUCACCACGGACAUCUUCGUGAACGCGGGCCAGGUGGUGACGGGGAAUCUGGCACCUCACUUCCUCACCGUGUGCAAACCCAAUUACACGGCCCUGGGCUGCCAGCAAGCCCUGCGCUUCAUCAGCCACCAGGAGGCCUGCACCGGCAACGAGGACGACAUCCUGCGCGCACGCAAAACCUUUCCCUCUAAAGAGGCCGCCCUCAGCGUCUACGCCGCGCUCUAUCUCGCCAUGUAUAUCACCUGCACAGUGAAAGCCAAAGGAACCAGACUAGCAAAGCCUGUUCUGUCUCUGGGCCUCAUGUGCCUGGCCUUCCUGACUGGGAUCAACAGAGUAGCCGAGUACAGGAAUCACUGGUCUGACGUCAUUGCAGGGUUCGUUAUAGGAGUGGCCAUAGCUACCUUUCUGGUUGUGUGUGUGGUUCACAACUUCAAAGGAAAGUUGUUGCUGAGUGAAAAUCCACCACAGGACAGCAUGACCAAUGCUCCCAUGAUCAACCUGCCCAGAGUAGAGAGCCCACUGGAAAAAUACAUCGCCUCACAGGUUUCAGACCUUAGGGAGGAAGAGGCACUCCCAUCUACCUCAUUCAAAGCACGGCUCAUGAGGUUCUUUAGCUGGAUCACAGGGAUGAGUCGAUUCGAUCACCGGCAUCACACAAGGCAAUAAACAAUCACAUCGCCUUCGCUGAAGUCACAUGACGUUGAAGCCGCCGUUUGCCAGACGCAUUGGACAUCAUCGCUGUUCACUGUCCAGUUGUCGUAGUGCAAUGCUAAUUCUCAUUGUUUAUAAUAAUUUAGUUUACACUCUCUUCAUCCAUGUCGGUGUUUAAAGAUCCUCAGUCUUGACGUGAAAUAACAGUGCAUUUAAGAUACUUCCUGCUUUUUCACAUUUUUUUUUCAGAUACUCUGAUUUUUUAGCAGCCACUUUAGAUCUUUUAGUGUUGUUUUAAGUCUAUGUCUGAGACUAAAAGUCUAUGAAGGCUCUUUUUUAAAGAAAGAAACCUGACCGUGGCAACUUCUGCAGUUUGUGUGCAGCUUGUGAUUAAGGACAAAAUAAAUGGAAUUACCCUACAACAUCACAGAUACACAAAUACAACAAAAUUGUUAUAUUUUUAUGAAUGGUGAUCAAUACAUUUAUUUUUUAGUGAUAUUUUAUUAAGUUAAUUCAAGCAUUUCAUUCGGUAACGUGGAAUUCUCUUGUAUUGGUAGAGCGGAUACAUGGAAUUAUGAUCUCCCUAAAAUAUAAGACAUAAUAUUUUUAUGUUAUAAUAUUUUGUAUGCUUGUAAACUAAGCAAUUUAUUCAGGUUAUUUUGAUAUUACGGAUGAGCACUCUGUUUGAGAGGUAUCAUGUUAAUACUGUGUUGUUUACCACACAUGAACAAUGUCCAUAGACAAACAACAUGUUGAUGUUUUACAUGUCUGUGAAGCAUUUUGUUUUGUGUGGCAAUUGAUAUGCCAUCAGUUGCCACAGAUUGUGUGUGCAUAUGUGUGUGUGUGUGUGUGUGUGUCUAGGAAGGUGCAUAGAGAGAGAUAGAGAAAGCCAAUAUGAAAGUCAAUAUGAGCUCAUUGCAAUGCAUUUAUCUGCUUCGCACAUUAUUACUUAAAGAAUCGACCAGACAAUCACUUGUAUUUGUUAGAUGGAAUUCUGGGUAAUUUCAAUAGCUAAGUGAGAAGAAUAAUGGAGUCAUGUUAUAUACACUCAGUACAACAAGGAACAAAGCCCCAUAUUGUGGGCAUCCCCUGUGCAAUUGGAUUUUUGUCUUGAUAAAUGUUGUGAAAAUGAAUGGCACUCUGUCCCCUUGUUUCACCAAGGGUUCUCAUACUAUUUGUUGCAAACUUAAGGAAGAAAUGUUGAAAAGCCAAAUAAGAUCAGUAACAAACAGUCUCAAAUGCUUGCAUUUCAACAUCUUCUGUUGCUUUUUAGAAGCUUUUUGAAGUAAAUGUUUGCUUAGUUUCCUGAUCAAGUUGUUUUUAAAGGUGCAGUAUGUAGGUUUUUUUUUUUAACACUUUUGUUCAUAUUUGGUUAAAUUUCCUUCACAUCCCAACAGAUAUCGAUAAAAUCCAGUCUCUCUGACUGGCCCAGCCACUCAUCAGCACCUGAAUCUUAAUAACAAUCAGGGUAGUUUUCUGCAAGGAGCCCAAUCAGAACAGUUCUUUCCUUGUCAAUCGUGUUGCACAUUUACAGCACUAUCAGAGCAGAGGAUAGUGCUAUAGCUAGCUAGCUAGCUAGCUAGUUGUCUAGAAAACAAAAUUACAUUGGUAGAGAACAGUCUGCCAAAAUGACCAGUUCUGCCUUUGACUACAAUGACUACUACUGAUUACAUAUAAAAAAAAAAAAUAAAAUAAAAAACUAGAAAGGAUCAAAAAAGAUUGAACCAAUCAAGAGACAAGACUUGAGUGAACAUUGGUUUGGCUUUCAGCGAGAGCUCAGGGACAUAAAGCGACACUGAGCAUGCAGUAUUUCUGCUGGGCAACUAAUUAUUUGCUUGUUCUAUUUUCAUUGGAAUCUGUUACCGCCCCAAACUUUGUCUAAAAAAAUUAGCUAGUUAGCUAAUGUAUUUAUCCCACUUUUAUAGCUAUGCUGUACGUUAGGUGUUAUAUUGUAGCUUAUCUGUAGCAAGCUAGCUAUGUUUAUAGCUACCUAUGCUGUUCAAGCGAAAAAAAAUAAAUCACACACUUCAGUUCCAGAUUCAUUUAGUAAUGUUUAUUUGACUAACGUUUCACCCAUAACUUUGUCUGGGUCUUCUCAGGAAAAAUACCGGUGUCUGCAAUUAUUUGCUGUUGUUAGCUCAUAGCUGUAUAUAAAAACUAGUUUACAUUCAUUAUGGUGACGUUAUGAGUUUUACUUUCUAGACUGUGAAUAAGGAAUGAUGUGCUUCACUCUCCCUACUUCACUUUUCAAUGCUCGUGUGCUCUCUACAGUAUUCAGGUGACAGGCAGCACACAUGCCAUGCCUGUGUUUGGAGGGCGGGGCUUUGGAGGGAGAGCUAAGGGGAGGGAGUGAAAUAUUUUUUCAAAAUACAGCUCUCUCUCGCUUGUUUCUCCAAACUUUCAUACUGCACCUUUAAUGUGAAAGAGUUCUAUCUACAUUCCUAUAUGUGAAUUUUAACACCCAUUAAUAGAGUUUAUGUAUUUUUAACAUUAAAUGGAACUAUCCUGUCUGUCCAUUUACCACUAGUAUUUAGGCAAGUAUUCACCCUUUCUAUAUUUACAUGUGUCAGCGACUCAGUAUAUUUCUGUAAGAGGUGAGACACAAGAAUAGAUGAUUAUUUAUUACACUUUAAAAGAUACCUCAUGAGUACAGGUGGAAAUUGUCAUGUCAUCAAAUGUCAAAUAUAGCAUCGUGCUUUAAAUGAUAAUAUUCCUCCAAAAGAUAUUUGCCAAAAGGAUAUGCAGAUAAAGAACAGCAUAUUCAGAUGCAAUAGAAACAGUUUUGUCCAACAUGUAUGUGCCCAUGCACGAACACACACACACACACACACAACCAAAUAUUUUUCUGAGCGCGUAAAUAAUAUGCAUAGUCAAAAUAGCAAUUGCUGUGAUUACAUCAAUCUGAAGUGAUAUUCUAUCCCAUAAACAGAUGUAUCUCUCCCUGAAAUAAAGUAUAUUUAGCUCUUACAUUAAACUGAAAAUAGCACUUUAAAUCAAGCUGAUUUCAACAUCUCCAGCUUCAUCUCAGUUAGAAAAAAUAUAAAUAACCACUAGACUACUUCUUAAAAAUACAAAAUUAAACUAAAAUCAUCUUUUUUAAAAUCUGAUAAAACGUGCAUAGCAGCAGUGUCAACUUAAAUCAGAAAUAUGAAUAAUAUAUUAAUAUAAGUCUUGAUGUUUUUGAUUAACUUGCAGUUUUAUUUUUUUACAGUUAUGUGCAGUUGUAUCCUGACACAGUGUGAUGUCUGUGUGUCUACACAAGGUGUAUACUUUUGUAUACUUUGUGCAUACUCAUGCAAGGUGCAUAUUUCUCCUAGUUCAAGUUACUUUAAUAUCCCAGACUCAUGUAAGUUAUAACUAUUAAGGAUUGGUACUGAUGGCAUUGUUGGAAAUGUUUUAAUAUCUGGUUUGUCAAUAUAAUGUUUAUUUUGCUUCUGUUAUAUUAUUAUUUUUCUAUCACACCGACUACAAAAAUACAGAAAACACCACAAAAUCAUUAUCAGAUUGUACAUAUUUUUUUGUUGUUGCAUAUUGGAUCUAUGCAACAUUUUGGAAAACUAUUUUUGUUGGUUUUUGUCCGUUAAAUUAUUGUUCACAAUUUAGACUGUUAUAUUGUUUCUAGGGUAGCUAAUUGUAUUGUGAGGAUGUUAUUGAAAUUCUGGUCAGCAGGUGUUGUUUUUAUAUUAUUCCAUUGCAAUCAGUUAUCAUGUUAACUUUUGUGUUUCUUUUAUUACACUAUGACCUUUUACACUGUAGGAAAAUAAGAAAAUGCACAGUCUUUCAAUAAAAACAAAAUGUACACA